CCCUCCCUCUCUCUCUCUCUCCAAGCCCAUUUAAAUCGGUCUGACUCACACUCAGACCUUCUCACUCAGCCGAGCUGAGGCACUUUAUGUACAGAUGAAGAGUAUAUAUUAUAUUUAUAUAUAUAGAAGUUUAUUUAUUUGAUCCAGAUAUUGACCAUGGCUACAGAAAACUGUCUGAGCAGUUCACAGAUCAACAAGAUUGACAAUGAAAAGCUGGUAAGACCAAAAGUGCAACUGCAAACCCUGUUAAAAGAUGCAGGUGCAGAUAAGGACGUUUUCACCAUGAAGGAGGUUAUGUUCUACCUGGGCAAGUACAUCAUGAGCAAGGAGUUAUACGACAAGCAGCAGCAGCACAUCGUGCACUGUGGAAACGACGCUCUCGGUGCCGUGCUCGGAGUGGCCAGCUUCUCCGUCAAAGAACCACGAGCUUUGUUUGCAAUGAUUUCUAAAAAUCUCAUAGCAGUGAAAAUUCCAGAGUCUCAGUCAACAUUUAGGGAACGUAGAGCUCUAAGUGACGCUGAACGAGGGCCAGAGGAGGCAAACCCACGAUCAUCUACCUCUACACAACAGCAGCAACAGCAGCGCAGGAGACGGCGGAGCAGUGAUCCCGUGAGUCUCAGUGAGUCAGAGGAAUCCAGCGAGCCUCGGAAGAGGCACAAGUCCGACAGCAUCUCCCUGACGUUUGACGACAGCCUGUCAUGGUGUGUGAUCGGAGGCCUGCGCAGAGAGAGAGGGAGCAGCGAGUCUUCAGUAUCGCACAGCAAUUCGGACGUAGGUAGAUCUCACAGUGACGAGAGUGAUGAGAGUGACGAUUCUGACUCUGAUAACUUCAGUGUGGAGUUUGAGGUGGAGUCUAUCGAUUCAGACGCCUACAGCGAGAACGAUGAAGACUCCGUACCGGGAGAAGAUGAGGUUUAUGAAGUUACAAUCAUUGCAGAGGAUGAGGACUCUUUUGAUGAAGAUACGGAGAUCACUGAGGAGGACUACUGGAAAUGUGCCGAGUGUGACGAGCUGAACCCUCCACUCCCUCGCCACUGCAAAAGCUGCUGGAAGGUUCGUCCGGGAUGGCUUCCCGAGACUUGCUCCGCGUCCGAGAACCCCGGCAACGACACGCAAACCGACACCACCUGCAUCAACACGGACCUCGAAGCCAAAGCACCGUGCGCCGAAUCUCCCACUCCGACCCUCGACCCAGACGAAGGCGUGGACGUCCCGGACGGCAAGAGCUCGCGCUCGCAGAGUACUUCCUGCUCCGACUCGCAGGGCUCGUCUCUGUGCCACUCGCAGCCCUCCACCUCCUCCAGCCAGGAGGAAACGCCUGAGCUGGAGCGCACCACCAGCUUAAACAGCACAGAGUCGUGCCUUCCCGCGACCUGCCUGGAGCCCUGCGUCAUCUGCCAGAGCAGACCCAAGAACGGCUGCAUCGUCCACGGACGCACCGGACACCUCAUGGCCUGCUACACCUGCGCCAAGAAGCUUAAAAAGCGCAACAAGCUCUGCCCCGUGUGCAGGGAGCCCAUUCAGUCCGUCGUCCUCACCUACGUCAGCUGAGGGGGAAACGGCUACGCACGCUGUUAAUUUACCUCACUGUUCCUCAGUCCUUAGUUCUUAGGAAGAAACCGCACGUUCAAGUGCCGCAAAAGCCUACGCUCACACUAGCAAGAGACAACGCCACCGUUUGUUUUCAUGUGUACGAUCCCCGACUUCAGUGACAUUUAAAUUGAGAUUCUUUCCCAGUUGUAUGCUGUAAUGUGACACAUAAACCGAAGUCUCGACUGAUUCCUUGAAUCAUUUCUUUGGCACGUUCUUCCCGACGUUUCUUCACCUUCAGUUCUUAACUGCGAGUAGUUCUUGUGCACGGUUUGAUGCACAAAAAUGUAAGAAAAGCGUAUAAACGUGGUUUCAUCUUGUUGUUAAACGUGUAUAGGGAUGUUACGAAGACAAAUAAAGUUUAGAAAGGAAGUAGCAGAGAUCGUUGGUGUCUCUGAUGAGUGUACGCAGCUAGUAGAGUUAGAUCGCUUUGCUAAUCUAAUCUGAGAACGAAGCUAGUGUGAAACCGAGCACGUAACGUGUAAAUCAAAUAACCAAAGUUCACACUGACUGGUUAUUUUUAUCUUUUAAUUUUUGUUUUUACUAAAUAGCUUGAGAAGCGAUUAUAUAUCGCUAGUAUCAUCUAUCAGAACAGAAACGGAAGAAAUAUCCAGAUUUGUCUCUUGCUAGCAUGAACGCAGGGUUACACAUUUAAAUGUGUUGAAUUAAAGCGAGCAAAAAUAGAUUUUUGUUUUGUUUUGUAAUGAAAAAAUGGUAGCAUUGUUUACAAAUGAUCUAUUUAAAAUAAAAUUUAACCUCAUAUCGAACAUGUGUAGAGAUGCAAUAUAAAUACUCCUGUUAUGACUUCUCAUAUGCAAAUUAAGCACAUCCUUCAAGGAGCAAUGUUUUGGCAAGUAAUCACACUGGUGAGAUAAAAAAAAAUAAUAAUAAUAAUAAUAAUUUUCCUCUUAGCUCAGCCCUGGUCCACUGUGAGAAAGUUGUUUAGAAAAAUUAAUAUUAUUAAAUCAGCAGAGCAUCCAACAGCUUGUGCUACUGUACACAUAAUUCAACAUUUUUAUUUAUCAAGGUUUAUUGCUUCACCUGUGGCCAGGGGAGUAAAUCUCCCAUAGAUUUCUCGUACGUAAACUUGUUUCGAAUUUGUGCUCAAAUCUGUGGUGCUUGCAUGUUUUUGUUUUUUUUUUUUUAUUAUUAUUUUUUUUUAUUUUAUUUUUUUUUAAUCGACACUACGUUGAUUAGAAAGGCUAGGGUUAUUAUUAUUAUUAUUUUUUUCCCCUUUAUAUAUUUUUCAGCAACUAUUACAAAGGCGUAUAGGUUAGAUGUAAAUAGUAUAAUAUUUUUCUUUUUUGAACAGCUUUCUAUUUAUAAAAUUAAUAAAUAAAUAAAUGUAAAUUGUUAUUUAUGAUCAUUUGACACGUGUGCUAGAUUUUCCUGUUUUGGGAGUUUGGAUUCAGUUUUGGUGAUGUGGGUUAAAGCAGAUUGAAUUUUUUUUUAUUUUUUUUUUUGACUUAAUUUUCACAGUGCUGUAUGAAGUCAGCUGUAACAGAUCGUUUAUAUGAACAAGUUUAAGGGUGUAUCGUUUGUUCGAGUGUUUAUUUUUACUUGCGGUAUGCGAAUACUGACAAUUGUAUAUAUAUUUUUUAAUUUAUAUUAGGUAAAUAUGGAACAAUGUUGAAUUGUAUUAUUUUUGGAUGCUCUGAAAUAUUUUAUGUUUGGAAUUUGAAGUUCUCUCCUAUUUUCACUAGAAUGCGUGGUAUAAUAAAGGAUUAAUGAUUAUAUAUUCA